AUGGCGAUAACUGGAAUACGAGUCGCGCUCCUCACCCUGUCCGCUCUCGCCGUGGUCCUCCUCCAAGGGCUCUUCAAUCUCAACGGUGGAUUGGAAGCGAUGAAAAAACACGCAAAAGAAGGUGUAUUCAGUAACGGGAAGACCCUGCACCACGUAUACCUGGGUUACCCCGUCAUCGACGACAUCCUAUCCUGGUCAGUCAGUUUUUGGGACCCCGUUUGCCACGAGUCGCGCUCGACACUGCUCCUCUCCAAGACGUUGAGUGCCUCUCUGCAAUCCCUGGGUGUCUUUGCUAUGAUCGAGAGUCUGCGCAGACAAGACAAGAACAUCAUACUACGCUGGUCUCCGGUCAAUGUUUUUGUGUGGCAAUACCUAGGCGCUGCUAUUUUCGUACCGCUCUACUUCGUGGUCGAACUCGAAAGUCAUCUUCCUCAACGCAAAGCGGCCGAUCCUACCGUACCAUAUCUUCAAGCCAAGUCGCUGUUGCCAGCCAGUACGGUCACCAUCUUGCACUUGUACCGCAUGGUUUACUUCCCACCUGCUGGCAUAACAACAUCCCAGCAUCAGGCCUGGCUCGCGGUUUGGCAAUUAGCCCCAGUCUUUUGCUACUGUGCACUCGCAGCUCUCUCUACGUCUCUCUCUCGUGGAGAUGAGAAGCUGAAUCUUCAAUCACAGAACGCAGAUGCACGUUGGAUCAAGGCCACUUACUCGGUGUUUGGGGCAUUCUCGGGGGUAACCCACGUUGCGGUCAUGUGGCUGCUGGCUUCAUCCAAGGAUACCUCGGUUUCUCUAUCCGCGGCAUUUAUCCCUAAAAUUGGCAGUCUCUGGAAAUCAGACACUGCGAAUUCUGUGUUCAUUAACGAGUAUACGUUUUUCUUGCAAUGGGACUAUAUCAUCAUAGUGAUUGCUGGUGGCAUUUACGCUACUCGAAUAGUGGACAUGAUCUAUUACUUACGCGGCUGCAGCCUUGGUCUGCUCUCCAAAGUCGUUGUUUUCAUUGUCGCAGGUACGGCCAGUCACUUGUUUGGUUGUGGCCUGGUGUGGGCUGCCGUGUUGUACGCGAGGGAGGACCUUUUGCGUUUGGAGUAUGCGAAAUCUUUGACAAAGGAAACGGAAGAGUAG